AAAUAUCUUACACUCUUCUAUGCUAUUAUCAUCACAAGUAAAAAACUUCAUAUUAUACAACAAAUCAAAGAACAAUAAUGAAGAUCACAUUAUUUCUAGCAUUGUUCGUCGUCCUAGCCAUUGCCUUGAGCACAAAGCCACUUCUCGGAGCAGCGGCUUCUGCCCCGGAGACAGUGCUUGACACCUCCGGCAAAAAAGUCCGAACCAGUGUCAAUUAUUAUAUUGUCCCUGGUUCGUACCCUUAUGCCGGAGGUAUUACAGUUGCCAGUGUUAAUCAAACUUGUCCAUUUAACGUUAUAGCCGGAGAUUCUUCUAAUGGUCCCCUGCCAUUAUAUCUCUUACCCGUUAAUGAGAAGAAAGGCGUUAUUCGUAUUCACACUGAUCUUAACAUUUUCUUCUCGGACGGCGGCGUAGGAUGUCCCGAUUCGACAGUGUGGAUGCUUAAGGACUAUGAUUCUUCGGCCGCACAAAAGUUUGUGACCCUUGGUGGCGCAUUGGGCAACCCUGGAAAGGAGACACUGGCGGAUUGGUUCAAGAUUGAGAAGUACGAGGAUGCAUAUAAAUUGUACUAUUGUCCGAAUGUGUACUAUGAUGGAAGUUAUCCGUGCAGCGAUAUAGGGAUAUCUGAGGAUGAAUAUGGUAAUAAGCGUCUAGCUCUCAGUGAUGUUCCGUACAAAGUUCGGUUCCAACUUGCAUGAAGAUAGAAGAACCUAGCUUCAUAAAUGUUAUUUGGUGUUGUAUGUUUUUGAAUGAGUGUGAUGUAAUUAACAAUUCAUGCAUUAUGCAUUUGCUUACCUUUUAUUAUGAUUAAAGGUUCUCAAGUUGAGUUCCUUCUGGUCAUGGAAUGUCAUAAAUAAAUAAACAAGUUGUUUUCUUUACUUGUUUGAGUUUGAAAGAGUUUGUAACUUUGUACCAAUAAGAAUUCAGGAAGCAAUUAUGCUGCUA